UAUUUGUCAUUUUUUCUGUUUGUCUUUUUUUGUGAAAAAAAAAACGAAAUUACAACUGCAAUCUAUUUCCAGUAGAAGAGUUUUGUAGAGAAAGGGAGUGAAUGGGAGGGAAAUGAAGCUAGAUGCAAUUGGAAGUUUGUCUCAGCAAGCACAACAAGAUGAUCUUUCUGCAGCUCUGGUGGACGCUGAUGGCGCUGACAGGCACCACCAAUACGCAGGCAUCACAACAAUGUCAGCUAAAGGCAGGCAGCGAGGAAUUGCGCAACUUUCAGAAUUCCAUUAAUGAGGCGCGCGAUCAGCUGCAAGAAAUACACUCGAAUUAUGGGCAGGUGCAGGGAGCUGAACUCUAUCGUCAUAGACGCAAUAGCAUAGAUGAUCUCUUGGCAAGCUUUGCCCAAGCAGACGCUAAGGAAACAGCUAUGCAGAAGGAUAAUAAGGCGCUGAAUCAGGCGGCGGACGAUUGGUUACGUGGUUUCGGGCCGGGGGUUGUUCAUGAGCAGCCAGCAGCAGCAGAGGAUGCAACAGCAGUUGAAGCUACUCUCGCUGAGCAAACACCAGCAAAUAAAUACCAACGAGCUACUGACAAGGCCAAGUCCAAUGAUUAUAUACCUUCGUAUAGCAAGUCCUUUGAUCAAACCGAAGUGGGCAAGGUUAAAAAGAAGUACAAAGAAACGACGGAUGAAAGUCUGCCUGCUAAUCAUCUGCCUCUCAGAGGUGGCGCGAGCGAGCUGGACAUUAAACUGCGUCAAAUGCAACAUCAAUUGAAUAAUCAUGAACUCCAACAGAGUCGCGACAAUAAAAAGGAGACCCAACCAGAUACAGAGAAUAGCCUACAGCCAGAUUACGGCAAUGGUGUUGUGCCAUCUGGUGCCUAUGAGCAAACGAUGGCACGACUUCAAUUGCCACGUCUAAAUGCCAAUAAUCUAUCACACGAGGCCAACUAUAAGCUGUCCAAAAUCGAACAGGAGGCUGCUGAACAAGCUACCAAGAUGCGCUACCCUGCUGGGCUUAAAAAGCGCAGUUCCAGCAUUGGCUUCAAUCCCAUGAACGAGAUCAAAUUGAAGACAAGCAAUAGGCUAAUGCGAAAGGGCAUGGGACCAUCGUUGCCGAGCAAUGCGCUCUCUGAUACGCUGCGUGCCCAUUAUGUGGAUGAUAUGCUAAUGCGACGUCAGCUUAAGAUGGAGCGAGAACGAGAGAAGGAAGAGCGACAGCAGCAGCAGGAGGAGGACGAUCAGAAAGCUGAUAUUAUGAAAUUGCCAUACGAAUCGCUCGGCUCUAUCGAGGGCAGAGCUGAUAGCAAAGGUAGUUCUAAUUUAGAUCUCCCAAAUAUACGUCUGCUGGACAUGCCGCAAAGCUACGACUAUCGUAUGCCGCAGUUUGAUCAGUUUCCGGCGACAAAGCAGCGUACCUUGCGAGAUUAUGUGCAUGCGAAUGCAAAGCUGACCAUGGAGCAUGAUGGUGAACGCUUUAAGCGACAGCCCGAACAGCUGAAGGAGACGCAAACCGAGCUCAAGCUUACAAAAAUUGAGAACGAAUCCAAUUUAAAGCAAAGUGAAGCGUGGCAAGAUGGUGGCAAUGAUAAUAGCAAGCAAAUGCCUCCUGGCGGGGAUGCUAUAAUGGCCAGACUGUCCGCACCAGAAACUGUUAAAGAUGACAGGGCGCAGCCUAUCCUUACAGAAACUGAGUUAAAAAUCGAGAACCGAGGCGUGGAUCAGCUCAAGCCAAGUCAAGAAUUAGGAGUCGUAGAAGUUCAACCCGAAGCUGCCCAAGUCAAUGAGCAGUCGAAGCUUCAGGAACAUGCCGAUGUGUCAGCGGAUGCUCAGUUUUUAACAAAACAGUCUCAAUCGGUCAAUGAGGAUGCCCAACAGCAACUAAACAAGGCGCAGUCACAAGAGGAGGUCAACGUGAGGUUAGUGGAUGAAAAGGAAAAAGAAAUCAUGAAGAAUGCAGUCAACGCUGGAAAGGCAAAUCGCGAAGAGCGGCCUGAGCUGCUUCCUCGCAAUGGUAUGUGCAUGAGUCAUCCAGAUGCUGGGAUCAAGCUGCUUCCCACCAAGAUUUCACAGCAUGAAAAGGAGCGAGAUAAACGCAAUAUCAAGCGCCGACUUCGGAAACGAAAGCUUCGACAUAGACUAAAUCGAAAUGUUGAUUUGAGCAAAGAGUCGCAUUACAAACGGCGUAGCAAGCGCUCAGUGGACACGGAGCAACAAGUACUGCAAGAAGCAACUGCCCAAGUCGAAGCACAAUCAAAAUCUGUUCUGCAGACGAAGGCAGAGGCACGAUCGAGGUCAGAUGAGUCAGAGACGCAGUUGAGAUCCAAGAGGCAUUCCCGGCUGCAGCCACGAUCAGAAGCAGCAGAGCCUUAUCCGCAAUCCCAUUCACAGUUGAACACUCUAUCAGAAACCAUGUCGAAAAUGCAGCCGAGAUCCAAAAGCUAUUCCGAAUUGGAAGCACAGUCAGAAGCACAGCUGGACGCACAGUCCAGUUCUAAAAGAAAUCAAGAUACCAAGUUGGAGAUUCAAUCCGAGACACAGUUGGACGAGCCAUCAGAGGUUCAAUCGGAAACACAUCCAGAUUCGCAGUUAGGGCAACGGACUAUUUCUGAAAGAUAUCCUAAAUUAGAAGCAGAACCCUAUGUACAGUUCCAUUCAGAUGUACAGCAGGAAUCUGUACCUCAGUCUCAGCGCUUCUCACAUUCUCAAUCACUGUCCGAUUCACAGUCGGAGUUAUCUCAGUUGGAUUCACAUUCGAAGUCACAAUCAGAGUCAGAUCUCUCUUUACUGACCCCACCGGAAUUAGAAUUACGGCCACUAAAUAUCGUCGAUAGCCAUUCACAAGUCCUAGAUGCCUCCGAGGAUCACAAUGGUAAUCGUUUGCAUUAUGGAAACUUGGGCAACGAUCUUUAUCUGGAUGCAGCUAAAAUAGCGGAAGACAGUGACAAUGACAAUGCCCUGCCCUAUGAGCGCUUCCAGUUGACCAGUGCCAAAAACGAGGAAACUGCGCAGGAAUUGGACGCUUCGAAAACAAAUAUAUUCUCCGAUUCACGCUAUCAGGUGCCCAUGAUGAGUCAACGAUACAACAAUCCACAAGCUUAUCAGCCGGUGAAUCUGCAACCUUAUAUGUCGCAAUCAUAUAUGCAGCCACAGCAACAGUUGUUGCAGCCGCAUGAAUUACAGCAAUGUCAGCCGCCGCAGCAACAACAAUUUCAACAACAGUUGCUGACCAACAACUUAAAGUCGAAUCUCAAUUUCACUCAACUGUUCAAUGAGCUGGCCAUGAUGCAGAAGCCGCAAGACCAACAGCAGUUACAGCAGCAGCAACAUCAACAAAAUUUAGAAUCCUAUCAGUUAAAGCCUUUAUAUGGCGUGCAUCGUUACUUUGAUCCGAUCUUUAACCAGAGCAAAAAGCUGAACUGCGAGCAACUGACAACUGAACCAGCAGCAACAACAACAGCAAAAGCAACACUAGCAACAACAACAACCACAACACCAUCACCAACUAAAGGCACAAUAACAGCGCCACUAACAACACCAACUCCUGCUGGCACCACUGUAAACCCCGUGUGUGUGCCUAUUCAAACAGAUGGCGCAACACCGGGCCCAGGCAAUGCAUUACCUGGUAAUAUAUGCAAUAGACCCGAAUCAGUUAAACUGAAUUUGUCGUUGAAUGCGAAUGUGUGUGGAGAUCCGAAAACCAAUCAAUUCAUUGGGAAUGGUACGGUAAUCGUGCUGCCCAGUGGUAAGCAGCUUAGUGCGGCUGAAUAUUUUGCUCAACAGGAUUUGCUUUCGAAUGAGGGCAAUAUGGAUUUAUAUCAGGACGAGCGUUAUUCACGUGAGGCCAUGGAUCGCAGUGAAGAGGCCAAAGAACAACGGCAGGAACGACACAAAGAAAAAGAACGAUCCGAUAAGAAAAAGGGUAAGAAAGGGGGGAAAGGCAAAGCUGAUCAUGACAAAAGCUCCAAGGUGAACUCCACUUCGGAUAUACACUUAGAUAUGAAUGAACCUUAUAGCGAACACUAUGGAAAGCUAAUCUCUGGCAAGCUAUCCGAUGAUAUAGUUCAUGCCGUUUUCGAUAUGGUCAGUAAUGAUCCAAGCAUGGAUGCUUUGAUCACAGUUCUGGCAAAGAAUCGCAAAUGCGCUGGGAAGAACCCGAAGAAUUUCUAUCAGAUUCGUAACAAUCAGAAUGAGAAGCAACUGGCGCAGACUGAAUUCAUGGUGCGUCGCACUAUGGAAACCAUAAGCGACCUCAUUGAUAAGCAGAUGCAAAUGCGCAAUUGUUUACCAUUACGUCCGGAUCUGGUGGAGUUCUAUAAUCUAAUAGUUAAAAAUAUGGCGGAGCAGCAAAAGACGCGAGAUAAACGUGAAGCAAAUCUGCGAUUACUGGCCGAAAAUUACAGUCAGGAGGAUGGCAUUCUGGAGCCGGCGAACAUUGAGCAAAAGUCGCGUAUUGUCAAAAAGUUGUUGCGAGAGUUCGAGGAGCUGCCUCUUGAGCAGCAGAAGCAGGCGGCCGGCGUGCGGGACGAGCUGCUCAUGGAUUUAAUCUAUUUGCGCAAAAUGUCCGAUACCCUGGAGCGUAAUCAGCGUAAUGCUCAGCUAAACGCACUGCUGCGAAAGGCCACCAUUAGUGAAGAUGCUGACGAUCAACAGGUAUUUCAAGAUUAUUCGCCACGCUUCAUCAAGCUGCUGAAAACAGCAGAGAUCUUCAAGGAAGUAGGCGAACAGCAGACAGGGCUUUUAUAGACCUCUAAACGUAAGCUGGGCCAACACAGCAGGCUUUAGGUAUCUGAAUAAAUAAUUUGUUGUUUUUCUUU